UUGUCACACAAAGUUCUAAUUAAGUUUGUCAACAUAGUUUCAGCUCAUGGAGUGUGUCUCUAACAAACAUGUUUUUAUUUUCAUGUUUUGUCUUGUGUUUCUUACUCCACUUGUGUGCUCUCAACUAUAUUACAAUUUCUAUAACAGAACUUGUCCAAAUCUGAACAAAAUUGUUAAAGACAAUAUCUUGUCAGCUAUAGCUAAUGAUUCUAGGAUUGCUGCUUCUCUCUUGCGCCUUCAUUUCCAUGAUUGUUUUGUUAAUGGAUGUGAUGGAUCUGUGCUACUGGAUGAUACAGACACACUAAAAGGGGAGAAAAAUGCACUUCCUAAUAAAAAUUCAAUAAGAGGAUUUGAUGUAAUUGAUAAAAUAAAGUCUGAUUUAGAGAAUGCUUGUCCUUCUACAGUGUCAUGUGCUGAUAUACUUACUCUUGCAGCCAGAGAUGCUGUAUAUCAAAGUAAAGGGCCAUUUUGGGCUGUACCUCUUGGUCGUAGAGAUGGAACAACCGCGAGUGAGAGCGACGCAAAUAACUUGCCAUCACCCUUUGAACCUCUAGAAAACAUUACUGCCAAGUUCAUUUCUAAGGGUCUUGAAAAGAAAGAUGUAGCAGUGCUCUCAGGUGCACACACCUUUGGGUUCGCGCAAUGCUUUACAUUCAAACCAAGGCUAUUCGACUUUGGUGGCUCCGGUAAAUCCGAUCCAUCGCUUGAUUCUUCACUUCUACAGAACUUACAAAAAGUAUGUCCAAAUCAAGCUGAUUCCGACUCCAAUUUGGCUCCAUUGGAUCCCGUCACCACGAACACAUUUGAUAACACAUAUUACAAAAAUGUUUUGAGCAAUUCUGGGCUACUACAAUCAGACCAAGCUCUUUUGGGUGACAAUACAACUUCUGCAUUGGUUACCAACUAUAGCAAGUGGCCUAUUCUGUUUUUCAGAGAUUUUGCGGUUUCUGUUGAGAAAAUGGGUCGCAUUGGUAUUCUUGCGGGACAGCAGGGUCAAAUAAGGAAAAAUUGUAGGGCUGUUAACUAAAAACCUACAUAUGUGAUUUUAAAAAAUUUAGUAAUGUAUUUGUAUGAAACUGGGCUUGCCUCAAAUAAUGAUAUAAAUGUGUGUUUAGUAUUUUAUUGGUUUGUUCGUGUUUGGAAAAUUUAGGUGAUACUAUAAUAAUAUUGUAUAGAAGUAAAAUCCUAUUUGGUCCAUUGAUGUACUACAUGUUCUUCACUAUUGUGGAUAAAUCCAACUAUGUUUGUUGGUUAGUUA